CGUAAGCAAACUUUCUUCAAAACAAUCCGUCUCUCCCGGUGAAAAAAAAUCCCCGAAAGAAAAAAAAGAUGUCCGCGUUCAAGCUGCAGAACGACAACCAGUUCGUCCGAACCGUGGACGGAUCUCCCGACAUUCACGUCGUCGAAUACAUGGACGACCUGAACGCGUUCGACCUCAUCCACGUCAGCAGCUCGAGGUGGCGUGACUCCAUCGCCGUCGGCCCUUCUGCUGGCGCUCGGUUCAAGAAGCUGGAGGUCCACGGAGUGACGAUACAAGGCAGCCGACUGGAAGAGCUGGUCAAAGAUCUGACCUGGGUUGACCCCAACGGUCGGAGGUUUUUCCCCGUGGUCAACCGUCAGGGACUCUGCCUCAUGUACGUCGGGUGCGAGCCGAUCAAGCGGGUGAGGAUCAACGACCAUUUCGGCUGGUCAAAGUACGGGGUGAAGCCCGUGAUUAGCACGAUAUGGAGCAUUUGGGACAUGAGCAGCGGUGCCGUUUUGGUCGCCCCUCCAAUUGCUCACGGCGGGGAUGAGGACGACGAUGGGAGCAGAUAUUCCGUUUUGUACGAAAGUAGCUGGAAGAAGAUCGUGGAAGAGAAGGACAAGACUGAGUCAUUGCUGAGGAAGUGUCUGGAAGAGAAGGAGAAGGAGAAUGCUGCUCUCAAGGCUGCGCUGAAAGCUCUCAGUACCGAUGAUCACGUCUAAAUGUAAUAUGUUGGCAUGGAUUCUUUCUGCUGAUUUACUUAUUUUAAGUAUGUGGUAUUUGUUCUUUGUGUGGCGUUGAAUAAAAUUUAUCACGGUUA